AACAAAGGCUAGUCUGAGCAGAGCCAGCAAAAAAAAAUCUGCCAAACCUCCUUCAGUGCCUAGUCUGCAAUCAGGACAAAAAGAUACCCCAUUUAUUAUUUUUUUUUCUGUAUCAGAAAACACUUCGGAUUGUACAUUUCAAAAAAAAUCCAAAAACUCUAAAUCCGGACUGCUCUAAAGGAGAAACUAGAACGUUGGGAAGUUUUUUUUUUAAAUUAUUUUUUUAAAAAAAAACAGAAGGAGCUCCUGUGUGUUUGUGUGUGUGGUUUUAUUUUGGAAGAAGAUCAGCGCUGUGGUGGGUCGUCUAAAUUUAAAGGUAAACAUGGCACAUAUAGGGAGUCUGGAAGAAGGAGCCAGGAGUAAUAACUGUCACGAACAGCUACUUAUGUGUGGAGUUCAGAGCUUCUCAGACAAGAAGGACAUUAUCACCAGCUUGGUGUCUGCCUUGGACUCGAUGUGCACAGCGCUCUCAAAGUUAAAUACUGAAGUUGCCUGCAUUGCUGUUCAUGAGGAAACCAUGUUUGUUCUGGGAACAGAGAAAGGAAAAUUGUUUUUAAAUGCCAGGAGAGAACUGCAAAAAGAAUUUGUCAAAUACUGCACAAACUGGAACGCACAACUACGGGAGAUGGAGAUGUUAAAAAUGGUGACAGACAAUGGUCGGAAUGUUCAAAGGGACUCGCCGGAUCCCAUGGCUGAUGUUUAUGUCUUGCGAAAGAUGGUGGAAGAAGUGUUUGCUGUGCUUUACAGUGAGGCCCUGGAAAAGUCUUCAAUUGUCCCUGUGCCUUAUGAGAAAAUCCUGAGGGACCCACCUUCUAUAGUGGUUCAUGGGCUGCCUGAUGGGGUCAGUUUCAAGCGGCCUUCCGAGUAUGAAGCUCACACUCUGAAAAGGAUUCUGGAGCGGAGUAACCGAAUUCGAUUUAUUGUGAAAAGAUCAUUUGACGAGGAUCUCCAGGAGCUGAGGACCCGUGUGGAUCAGGAUCGGGAAAUCCAGCCUGGAAAAAGCACUUGUGAUUUUAACCGGGAGAGUCCGGUGGCUAAACUAGCCAAUCAGGACACGAGCAAUGUACGGACACCCCCACAAUUCCUUUAUGAUCUCCCAGGAUCCAGGAUUCCAUUGGAUUUAAACCAGGACCUUUUGGCUACAAGGCCUACAACAAACUUUAACCAUGACCUUUCACACACUGGAGCCUCAAUAAUGAUGGACUCGAAUAAGCUCCCUGCUGCUCGAGACUGCGCCGAUGACACUGGUAAAAAUACAACAGGGUUAAUUGGUGAACUCAGCAACAUCUCUCAACAUUCACACGUUUCAAAGCGGCUUCUUUUUUCUAUAAUACACGAUAAAGCAGAAAAAUGGAACUUAUAUAUAAAAGAAACAGAAGACAUCAAUAUUCUAAGAGAGUGUGUGCAGAUCCUGUUCAACAGCAGAUAUGCUGAGGCCUUGGGUUUGGAUCAUAUGGUUCCUGUUCCAUACAGGAAGAUUGCUUGCGACCCAGAGGCAGUGGAAAUAAUAGGGAUUCCAGAAGGAAUUCCCUUCAAGCGACCUUGUACCUAUGGAGUUCCCAAAUUGAAACGGAUCUUGGAAGCAAGACAUAAAGUCCGCUUUGUUAUUAAAAGGAUGUUUGAUGAGCGAGUUCUGACAGAAGGGCCUUGUUAUGAUUGGUCCUUUGAACCACAGCAGUCCUUUGGGACCAAAUACAUACGGGAAGGUUCCAAGCCAGAUAGCCAGUCCCCUGUGGAUGAAGAGCCCCACAGAACAACAACGCUAGACGUGGCCCCCAAGAACCACAUCUGCAGGUCUAUGAAGAUGAAAGAAAGUGAAACGGGUACCUCCAUUGAUCUGUCAACAAUGAAAAAAGUGAAGACCGAGCCAGAAGAUUCAGAAAUUAUUCAGAUUACUGUUCAAGAUCCAAAUACUGCCUCGGAAGAUCUCAGUGAAAACCUAUCCGAUAAGUCCACUUCGGAGGAGCCCAAUGUAUUGCUGGAAUCUCCCUCAGAUGCUGCACAGGACAAUGUUUCUAACCAUGAAGAUCAACAUAUGGUGCUGAAAGAAGAAUGGAAUGAAAAGAUUAUACAACUGAGGAAACAGGUCGAGAACCUUUUCAACAGAAAGUAUGGUGAAGCGAUGGGAUUCUCCGAUCCAGUGAAGAUCCCUUAUUUAAAAUUCCAGUCUCAUCCUGAAGAGUUGUUUGUGGACGGUUUGCCUGAGGGUAUCCCAUUCAGGAGACCCAAUUGCUUUGGAAUUUCAAAACUUCAGAAGAUUUUAGAAGCAAGUGAGGGCAUUCACUUCAUCAUCAAAAGGCCACAGCUCCUGCUUGAAGGUCAAGAAUCAUGUAAGGAGAAAAAGAAUACAGUGGCAGCAACACAAGAAUCCCAUGAUUGCCUAAAAGAUGAAGCAACACAGCUGAAGAGGCAGAUCCAGACAGAAACACCAGAUAAAACCACAGUAAAGCACCUGACAAAUUCAGAUGGAAAUAAAUCAAACAAUUCCCUCAACAUCAUUGAAGUGACGAUCCCAGAAAAUUAUGAUGCAAAGCUCACAAGAGUGGACAUUGCCAAUAAUCUACGGGAGCAAGUGCAGGACCUGUUCAAUCGCAAAUAUGGUGAAGCUUUAGGUAUAAAAUACCCUGUUCAAGUUCCAUAUAAACGCAUAAAAAGCAAUCCUGGCUCGGUUAUAAUUGAAGGGCUUCCACCUGGCAUUCCAUUCCGAAAACCCUGCACGUUUGGAUCCCAGAAUUUGGAGAGAAUCUUGGCCGUGGCUGACAAAAUCAAGUUCACCAUAACCAGGCCUUUCCAAGGACUCAUCCCCAAACCUGGCCUGCACACUCAUCAACCCUAUCCUCACCCAGUGCCGCUGGCUGCCUGUAUCCCACCAAAAGAAUUUCAAGAUCCUCAGAAGCCAAAAUACAGCUGGAAAUCUGAAAUAAAAACAGAAAAUGCUGGAAACCCUCAACGAAAAGAAGAAGCACCCAGAAGAAUAACAUCAUUAGAAAAAGCAUAUGCUGCUUUACAGGAGGAUGAAGAGGCAAACAGACUUGGAGAGAAGGUCAUACUCAGAGAGCAAGUCAAGGAAUUAUUCAAUGAAAAAUACGGAGAAGCUCUGGGACUGAAUCGGCCUGUUUUGGUACCAUACAAAUUAAUCCGGGAUAAUCCUGAUGCAAUUGAAGUGACUGGGCUACCAGAUGACAUCCUUUUCAGGAACCCAACCACCUAUGAUCUUAGCAGACUGGAAAAAAUUCUAAAAGUCAGAGAACGUAUUAGGAUGACUAUUAAAAGUCAAUUACAACCUUUUGCAGAGAUUUGUAAUGAAGCAUCCAAAUCAGCAUCCAAACAAGAUGCAGUGCACAAACGGAAGCGAAGAAGAGUGUCAGAGGGAAACAUUGUACCAUCAUCCUCUAACAUGGAAGCAGGUGUAUCUCCAAAUCCAGUCUCUCUUGUGCAAUGGCCGAUGUACCUGGUAGACUACGGUGCAGUCAACAUGCAGAUCCAGGGACCUGUAAAUUUCUAAACAGCACCUUGCUCCAAAACCAGCAUGAUUUUGACAAAAACAAAUGUAAUUAUGUACCAUAACCAUAUAGUAUGAACUGUAAUAUUUCCUUCUAGAAGAGGUCCUGAUUUUUACACUGUCUCCAUAUGAUCAAGGGCUUUAAAUAAAUGUGCUGCCUUGCACUCAAA